AUGGAAGAGUUUGGCUGUGAUCGUAGUAAAACUCUGGUAGACAUCUGUGGAGAGAAAGGAUUUCAGGCUUUUGUGUGCGAUGCACUCACUGUGCCAAUACGGAGUGGUUCGUGUGAUGCUUGCAUAUCCAUUGCAGUCAUCCAUCAUUUUUCAACAGUGGAGAGGAGGUUGGCUGUGCUUUGUGAACUGACUCGGCUGCUGAGAGCAGGUGGAAAGGCCCUUGUUUAUGUUUGGGCAAUGGAACAGGAAUACAAGAAACAGAAGUCGAAGUAUCUGAAAGGGAAAAGAGCCAGUGAUAACAGGCUUGGCAAAGUUGUCAGCGACACACUAAACAAAACAGGCAAUGGCGAACGCCAAGAUUUAGCACAGCCCAGCAAGGAUUGUAACCAGCCUGAGGGGAAGAGCAGCAGUCCAAACCAGGUGGCUCCUGCCAGCCUGCCAGUUCAUACAAACAGAACUUCCUUUGAUUCCCAAGAUGUGUUGGUCCCUUGGCAUCUGAAAGAUGGAACAAAGGAAAAGACAAGACAAGACAAGCUUUGUCAGCCUCUGGAUGGCUCUGCAAACGCUCUGGAACCUAAUCCUGUUUUUCACCGCUAUUACCAUGUCUUCUGUGAAGGUGAACUGGAACGGCUGUGUAAACAGCUAGACUGCGUAAAAGUGCGAGAAAGUUAUUAUGACCAAGGAAACUGGUGUGUGGUUCUUGAAAAGCGGUGAUGUAUUCACAGUUCCAUGGAGGCAGCUGUGUCUUUGAUGGACUUAUUCAUACAAUUAUUUCCAGGGGUAUUUCUAAAAUAUGGUUACUUUGGCAUUUGGCUUUUAGUAUUGUGUUUACAUUUAAAAAAUAAAUACCACUUUUACAAUCUG